AUGCCUUCAACAAGGCCGAUAUGGAUUCGAUCCAGGUCAGGAAGAGCGAAAUGGGAUACCAUCCUGGAGCUUCUCUCCCGGGCUCUCCAAGGUAGGCCACAGGUUCUGUGCAAUCUGUCCAAGCUGGUCAAGGGCGUCUCAACCACAUGCUGGGGGAAAGCGCAGCGGAUGACUCAGCAUCUACGUUCGUUUUCACUUGGUGUGAAAGUCAACUAUCAUACAACUUCAGCCUUUUUUCAUUCUGAUCAGGCUCCUAAGUUGCAGAGGACAGGCGCUGCGAUGGAAUGUACAAGCGGACAGCCUGCACCGAACCACGAUUGCACUCUGGAGCACCUUGACUCGAAGCUACCACCAGCGUCGCGACAUAAUGCAUUGGAUGCAAUCGAGCAAUCUUUUCCUCCAAGCCACGGCAAUGCAGUCAAUCUCAAAGCAGAUGUGCUCCAGCUUGCAGCAUCCAUCAUGAACGAGAGCUCACUCUUUGGCAUUAGCGACGACGAGCAGAUCCCAGAGCAAAUUGCCAGUCCAUGCACAUCUUCAGGUAUUCCCAUACCGACAUCUUCCACCGGACUGACCACUCUCGCUUACGAACGAGCACUACGCAAUCGGAUUCCAGCGGCCAAGCUAGCCAGACGAGGAGUUUAUGAUAUCGAAGCUUACAAGCCUACCUUCGCUCACUUGCGAAUCUCAUCGGCAAGGUAUGAGCCCGCAGCUCAAUUCUGCAUCGCGCACAACGCUAACGAGCUCCUUUCGCAGGGCUCACCAGAGGAUAUCAUCAACCGAAUGACACCCGCCAUCCUGCCAGGCGUUCACUCUCACAUCGACUCAAAAACUAUCAUCCCACAACUAAUCCAUUCAGGACGCUCAACAGAUCACGUCCAGGGCAUGUUGAUCUUCGGACAAGGCAAAGACGCUCGAAACGUGGUCCACCAACGCUAUAGAAGACAGCACGCAAAAAGGAAGCGCGUUGAGGUGGAGAUCGAAGUACUUGUGCCUGGUCAGGAUGAGCCAUGGCGUCCAGAAAGACGCACGAUCAUUGCACACGCUUGGCUCUUCUCACGUAUUCGAGAGUGUUCCGUCUCGGAUGGAACUGAAGUUGCUGAGAAGAAGUGUCCGAGCUGGUAUUUGGAGGGCUAUCUUGCAGGUCAACUUGAGCCGCACGAUCGACUGCGUAUUAGUGCUGAUGCGAAGGGCGAUGAGGAUCAGGAUGGUUAUAUUGGGAGGGAUGUCAAGGAAUAUGAGAUUCAGAGUGAGCAGCGAGAGGUCCGAAUCAUUUUACAGGGUGGUAAGAAUUCUCCUUUGAAGCGGGAGUCGCAGAUUCCAAUAUCUAUCAUCUCGAUACUGAUGCCCAUUGACUCCUCUACGACAUAUAAAACAAGGAUUGUCAAUGACUCAAGAGCAUCUUCCUAUCCAUGUACCGCAGGUUUCCACUUCUGCAGCUCCUCAUCACCAGCAUCACUGACCUUCCUCCCCCUCGGAAGAUUCAUUAUCUGGCUCUAUGGACGCAAGCAGAUCUCAGAGCAGAGCAACUCACAACCGCGGCUGCAUGCAAGGCGAUAAGAUCCAUCCAAGAACUGCGACAUUGCUCUAGCCUCGCCGUAUCUUUCGCGACAUCUAAGACAAUCUCAAAAACACCUUCAUCUUCUCAAAAUCCGGAGUUCCAAGUCCAGUAACAGCAUCCCAACCCUUCGACGCCGGGAAGCCCUCAGUUCCACACCCAGGAUUCUUGCCUUCAGUAACAUCAUUGAACAUUUCCGGAUACUUGUAGAUAGAAGACCGGAUUCGCGAAUCCGAUCGGCGUUUUUCCAACUUGUAAUCUCUCUUCGUUGAUCAGAGUCAGGAUGGCAGCAAAGAUGGGAAUAGCGGCAGAAGUGCCUCCAAUGGCACUUGUCCGACCGAAAUAGACGGUCGUGAUAUUCCAGCCCAUCGCUGACACGUCCGGGAUGCCUCUGCCGGUACGAUUGAAUACGCUGUCAUUGUACUUUGGAGCAUAGUCGUCGAGGUAAACUUUCACAGCGUGGUCUUG